AUGGCAGCUCCUCCUAACAUUCCCUCGUUGAAGCGUCCUGGUGGGAUAUCCCAGCCGUGGCCCAUCCGCCCCCACCCUGCAGGGCCGGUCCAUAGGUCCCACUUCCUACAUCCUCCUCCUCCUCCUCCUCCUACUCAUCUGCCUCUUUUCCACACCCGCCAUGCGGAGGAGAGCGCUGAGAGGCCGCGUCUGGUCACCAUCAUCCACCCCAGUAGUCGGAGUACACUGCGGAAGGUAACAGUCCUGUUGAACCGCAGGGGCGUGGUGUCCUUCGAGCAGCUGCUGCUGGAUAUCUCAGAGGCGUUGGGGUUUCCUCGCUGGCACAGGGCGAGAGUUACACGCCUUUACACGACCCACGCACGAGAGGUGAAAGGUGUGUGUGAUUUCUUCAGAGGAGAGCUGGCCUUCCUGGCACUGGGUAAGGCACGUCCAGAGCUGAGCAGUAUGGAGGAAGCUCUGGAGGAGCUCUUUCCAGAUCAUUCCCAUUACCGAGCUGACGCACUCCGGGCCUGGGAGAAGAGACUCAUCCCAGCACCAGACAAAGCUGCUAAGGCCGACAGCGGAUAUAGCGAGGGGGCAGAGAGCAACGACACUAACCAAGAGACACAACAGGACACAAAUACACACGUCAAAAAUCAUACUAAUACACACAAACAUCACAAUAUCGACGCACACUACCCUGACAAUUAUCACCCAGAUGUCCAGAAGUCUAACAAAAAGAGUUCUUGCAGAAAACCAGCUCACCCUCCCAACCACCUGCAGAGGCUACACGUGAGGGGCGGGGUCAGAGAGCGACAGCCCUCCAUCAUUGGUCCAUUUAAACAUGAGGAGGGUCUCAGAGAAGCAGAAAUACCCUCCCCUACACUGUGUGAGAACUGCUUAGCGAUAAGAGCUAAACAUCAGGGUACAGAACGGGUCAAUCCCCUGUCAGGGAGGGUCCCACUUCCUCCGGUGUCGAGAAAGCAAAAGAAUAGUUCUCAUACAGAGCAAGAGGUGAGAAAGGUGGAUGUUCCUCUCAGCCCUCCGCCUCCUCAACCAAUCAACAGGGAUGAGGAAAAGAGUCUGGCACGGUCACAAUUUCUAAAACCACUCCCCGAUGGGGGUCCGGCACAGAGAGAGGCACACCAGGUGAUGACCUUUGACCUUCGUUCAGACGGCAGCAACGUCCCCCUGUCAGAUAUUGAGCGUUGCUACAAGAUAGGACGUGUGGUCGGAGAUGGCAACUUUGCGGUGGUGCGAGAGUGCCGGCGUCGCGACACCGGGCAACCCCUCGCCAUCAAGAUAAUCGAACGCUCCAAGCUGAUCGGUCGGGAACACAUGAUGCAGAACGAGCUGAGCCUCCUGGGAAGCCUGUGUCACAAACGCAUCGUGCGGCUGUUCGCUAACCACCACACACACAGUCACUCGUACCUGGUGAUGGAGCUGGUGAGCGGGGGGGAUCUGUUUGAGGCCAUCAGCGAGCGGGGGAAGUUUUCCGAGGCAGAGGCGGGACUGAUGGUGUCAGACAUGAGUGACGCUUUAAAUUACAUCCACGUCAAGAGCAUUGUCCACCGAGACCUGAAACCAGAAAACCUGCUGAUAGAGCAUGUGGCCGAUGGCAUCUGCCGGCUGAAGCUGGGAGACUUUGGUCUUGCUAUGGUUGUAACUGAACCAGUCUUUACCAUAUGUGGAACGCCGACAUACGUAGCCCCAGAGAUUCUCUUUGAGACAGGUUAUGGUGUAGAAGUGGACGUAUGGGCUCUGGGUGUUAUCCUCUACAUCCUGCUGUGUGGCUUCCCCCCAUUUCGCAGUCGGGAUCGAGACCAGGAAGAGUUGUUCCAGCUAAUAAAACAGGGGGAACUACACUUCCUGUCCCCCUACUGGGACCCCAUCUCAGAGGAAGCCAGAGACCUUGUCAGAGCUCUGCUUCAGCCAGAUCCCAGAGGGAGGCUGACAGCUGAGCAGACCCUGCUGCAUCCCUGGGUGGAGGCUAUGGCUUCGGUUUACAGCCAGGGGGCGCUCACAGACAAAACCCAGAGGAACACCGCAGACACUGGUGCAGAAUCAGAGAGAGUUCGAAGAGCAGCUCAGACCAAAGCAACAGAAACAACAACAGACAAAAGAUCAGGAGUCACUGGCAGAGAAGGAGAGAUGGCACACAAAGAGCUCAGCAGAACUGAUGCCAGACAAACUGAGACGAAGACAGGGAGAGGGCAGGAUGAGGACAAACAAUCAGCAGAGACAAGUGCAGUGCACCCCAUAUCUACACAGAUCAAAGUUCACACAAAGACUGAGGACACACCUCGUCAACAGAAACCAGACUGCACCUCUACACCCAGCAGGGAGCCGAGCAGGCGAGAAAUACAAGAUCCAGGCCCUGAAGUGUCACACACAGGCUGUGAAACAGGAAGCCCAAUCAGCCCAGGAGAUGAAGGCAGUCAUCUUGGUGCCCCUGCGGCAGAAACUGAACUUCUAUCCCAGAUUAAGACACAGUCACAACAAAACAGCCAGCCGCAGACACCUCCAGAUUCACCACAACACCACCCAGCGGCUUCCUCAUCUUCUUCAUCACCGCGAUGA